CCUUUAAAAACCCCAAAAGGACGCCGAGCCGAGCCUGGCGAUCCGAUUCGCAGCGCGAGAGAAGAGCAAUCUCCGAUUCGAUCCCUCCCGGAGCUCACCGUCCAUGGCGAUCAUCUCCGACUUCGAGGAGGAAGAGGAGAAGCAACCUGAGGCCAAGCCCUCGGCCUCGUCCUCGGCCUCGGCCUCCUCCUCUGCCGCGGCGGAGUUCAGCGCGAGGUUCGAUCCGGCCAGCCCGCUGGGGUUCAUCGAGAAGGCCUUCGAGUUCGUGGCCGAGCGGAGCGAUUUCCUCGCGCAUGAGGCGGCGGAGAGGGACGUCGCGGCGGUGUUGAGGGCGGUGAGGGAGAAGCAGAAGCAGAAGCUGAGGCAGGUCGAGAGGGAGAAGGAGAGGGAGCGGGAGAGGGCUAAGAAGGCGGCGGCGGCUGCGGCUGCGGCUGCGGCUGCUGCGGCGGCGGCUAAGAAGGUGGAGGAAGAGAAGAAGGUGCAGGAGGUGGAGAUGAAGGAUGCGGAGGAAGAGAAGGAGGAGAAGAGUGGAGCGAUAGUGCCAAACAAAGGCAAUGGCCUUGAUCUUGAGAAUUAUUCCUGGACUCAGACUCUGCAGGAGGUUACCGUCCAUGUUCCAGUUCCUAAGGGUACUAAAGGAAGGUUUGUGGUAUGCGACAUAAAGAAAAACCACUUGAAAGUUGGACUCAAGGGUCAACCUACUGUCAUAGAAGGGGAGCUUUUCCAGACUGUCAAGCCUGAUGAUUGUUACUGGAGUUUAGAGGACCAGAGUGCGAUCUCCAUUCUCCUGACUAAGCACAAUCAAAUGGAGUGGUGGAAAUCUUUGGUCAAAGGGGAUCCUGAAAUUGAUACUCAGAAGGUAGAACCAGAGAAUAGCAAAUUGUCUGACCUGGACCCAGAAACUCGACAGACCGUUGAAAAGAUGAUGUUUGAUCAGAGACAAAAGGCAAUGGGUCUUCCUACCAGUGAUGAGAUGCAGAAACAGGAGAUUCUAAAGAAGUUCAUGGCAGAGCAUCCAGAGAUGGACUUCUCAAGAGCAAAGAUUGCAUGAGGGGGGAUGUUCGACUGCUUCUUCUCUAGCUUGAUCAUACUAUGAUAAAUCCGGAAAUCAUUGGAUGUUUACUUUGGGCCCGGAUGACCGAGCUUUUGUUCAAUUGUUUUGGUGGUUUUAACAAGAGGCUUGUGGUUUGUUUUUCGAAACUCCCAUCUUCUCUCUUAGGAGUGAUCUGCUCUUGGUUCACAAUUUUCUUUUUUCUUUUUUUAUGACUGCUGAAAGAAGUUGCUACUGUUGAAACACUAAUAUGGAGAAUCGUCUUGGUUGAGCACAAUGUAGACAUAAUUGCAA